UUGAGGAUCAUCAACCGGAUUUAGAUGAAACUGUCCUGCAAAUAUUAGGAACAGAUCCGUUAACCACUACGAGUUUUGGUAAGGAUAUCCAGAAGGACCUAGCCACUCGUUAUGAACACAUAGCCACUUCUGGUUUGACGAAAGAACUCCGCAAGGAGCUUUUAGAAUCUCACUUACCUCCAGCUAACUGUAAGCUGAUUGACGCACCGUAUCUUAAUCCUGAGAUUAAAGCUGCUGUCACGGACGUCAUAGUGAAGCGGGACAAAGCUAUGCAGGCGAAACAGAAACAGUUAGGCAGUGCUAUCGCAUGUCUAAGUGAAGCUAUUACUAUUCUUUUAUCAAAAGAAACAAAAGAUCCUAAUAUACUAAAAUUACUCGUGGACGCAGGGCGCAUUUUGUGCGACUGCCAACAUAAUGAUUCUAUCACUAGACGUAACUUCAUUCUUGCUGUCUUGAAGAAAGAAUUAAAAGAUCAGAUGCAACUGACCAAAAUUGACAAUCUUCUUUUUGGACAAGAGCUAGCCGACACAUUAAAAACUGCCAAGGCAAUAAAUAGGUCAGGGGCUGAGCUGAAGUCUGUUCCGUUACCCAAACCUUCGAGCAAACCGAGACCUCCGCCUUCUACCAGGAAUUUAAACUGGAAGGCUCCAGCCCCGAACCGCAGACCGACGGGGCCUCGGAUAGCGAAGGAGUCUGCACCUUCAACGAAGCAACAGCACGCGCACUCGUCCAGAGGGUCGCGUCCGAGCAGCAGCCGCAGCCGCCAGUAGAUACUACGGUAAAUUUUGCCGCAACCGUCAGAUACACCAGCAGAUUACCCUGGUUGCCGGAGUCUUGUGCGGGAAUCUCUACUGAGAAGAAGUAUUCCUCCUGCAUCUGUUCACAUCAUGUUGGCAUCACUAUCGGAAAAUUCCAUCAAACAAUAUGACACUUGUUUGAAGAAAUGGCAUUUAUUUUGUAAAGCCAACAAUGUUAAUAUUUAUGAGGCCUCUAUCCCAAAAAUUAUU